AUGUCUAGAAACGUGGAGAUCAAAGCCAAAGUCCAGAAUCACGAUGAAACGGUGAGACGGGCGGUGGAGAUUUCCGGGAAGCAACCGACGAUUUUGAAGCAACACGACAUCUUCUACGAGUCGCCAAACGGUCGUCUGAAAAUGAGAAGUGUCGAGGAAAACGGAGUGGCCCUCACUGAACUGAUCUGGUACGAUCGUCCAGAUGUCGCUGGACCAAAACUGAGCAAUUUCAACAAAUUCGACGUUCCGGUUGAGGUUUUAGACGCGUUGAAGCUGUCUUUGGAGUCUUCAAUGGGCAUCAAAGGAGAAGUCAAAAAGACGCGUACGCUCGUGCUUCACAAUCAAACGAGAAUCCAUAUCGAUCGUGUCGAUGGAUUGGGAGAUUUCAUGGAGUUGGAAGUGUGUUUGGCACCGGAAGAGACGCCAGAGCACGGAGAGAAGAUUGCUCAUGAGUUGAGAGAACAACUGGCAGUGCCUGAAACCGAUCUUCUCACUGGCGCUUAUAUGGACAUGUUGAAGGCAUAA